AAUGAAUUCUGUGAAUAUAUUACUAUGCUACUAACCAUAUGUUAUUAUGUGCUAAACAAUACAAUGUGUUUUCUGCAACUUCAGAACCUGGGAAAGUGCCCAAAAGAAUGUUUGCUCCCCCAGUAGCUAAACCUCACCAGCUCUUUGCAAAAGGGGAACUGUUAGAGCUCCAGGACAAACAGGAAGGUGCUGAAACUAAAGGCAUUCCUGCUCCUCUGCACCAUGUCCAUGCCCCACGUGACAGAAUUGUAGCCAAGCCCAUCAAAACACCGAAGGCUCAAGAUAAGGGGAAGAAAGGGAGCCCUACUGCUAGGACUGUAAAGGAAGAAGACUGCAAGAAGGAUCCAGGCAUGGCCAGAAAUGAAGAAGGUGGCCUCACCGAUGCACAGUUCGAGGAGAUUGUCCAGAGUGUGCUUCAGAAGCCUUUACAGGAGUGUAUUGAAGACUCUGUGAAGAAAACAAUUUCGGCAAAGCCUACUGAGAAACAAGAUCAGGGAAGGAAGGCUUUGGGGGUCUCUCCAGCUGCGGAGGACGUUGUCUUUGGAAAUAAAAAUGAGGUGAUUGUUUCAGAAGUGGAUCAGAAGCAGCAUCUGCUAAAAAAAAAGAAACAUGGAACACAUUCUGUGAAUAAGGACAGACAGGAGAAAAAUGAGAAAUCAGGAGGAGACAAUGGAGGGUGUGAGGAAAACCGGAAAGGUGCGCCCAAGAAGAAAGUUCAGGGCAACGCCCACGUCCGCGUUGACCAAGAGGAAAUGCAGAAGAAGGAGGAGGCAGACAGAGGAGGAAGUGGCUGCAGCUGGUGCAUGGCCUGGGUCCAGUGCUCUUAUCCAACCUGUGAGAAGUGGAGGCGACUUAGCAGUGACAUAGACCCAUUGGUUCUGUCUGAGGACUGGACAUGUAGCCAGAACCCAGAUCUCGAGCACAACAGCUGCAGCAUUCCAGAGGAAACAUGGUCAGGGUCUGAAAACGAGGUGGUCUAUGCUGUUUAUAUUCCUGGGUCAAUCGUGUGGGCCAAGCAAUAUGGAUACCCAUGGUGGCCUGGGAUUAUAGAGGCUGAUCCAGACAUUGGAGAGUACUUCCUAUUCUCUUCUCAGGCAGAUUCACUUCCUUGCAAGUACCAUGUGACCUUCUUUGGCAGCUCUGUGACCCGGGCUUGGAUCUCUGCUUCCAUGCUGAGGAACUUUCAGGAAUCUUAUGUGAAGGGAAAUGGUGUGGCCAAGCUAAAGAACAAAGGUGACAAGAGGGAUUUUGAAGCUGCUGUGAAGAUGGCAAACGAAGCAGAGCAAUUAAGCAUUCAGGAGAGAAUAAGGAUAUUCGGAUUCUGUAACCGAUUCAGCAGGAGAGAGUCACCUAAAAACAACAGAGACUUGAAAGAUCAUGUACACGUUACCUGUAAGCCUCCUGCCAAGAGGAUUCGAGAACCAAGAGGUGGGAAGAAAAAUGUAUCAACAUCAAACAAGAGCCAAGAAAAGCUUCUGCCUGAGACACCAGUGAUGAAAUCUGAUGGAGAUUUCAAAAAGAAAAUCAAUAUAAAAGGGGCAAAAAAAAGCAAUCCAUCAACUGAAGGUACCUCACUUUCGUCAAAGAGGAGCAGGAAAGAGAUUGCAGUCCCCAAAGCUGCUGCUGUGCCGAAAGGAUCUGUCCAAACGAAGGCACAUUGGGAUGCUCAAAAAGGUAAGAAAGCGCUCCUUGCUCUGUACGUGAGAAACCUAAAAAGUUUGCUGCUAUGUGAGCCUAGAAGCACAACUAGGAAUGAAAUCCCAAGUUGUGAAGCCUUUUUGUUAUUAAUACGGGAGAGGAUAUUGUUCUCCUCAUGCAGGAUAACUCUUUGGGGAGAUCUUCACUGGUUUUUGUGUUCUUCUCAAGGUUCUAAGAGCUCAUUCGCUGCGCCAUUGGCUAAGAGUGCCAAAGCUGAGCAGCUCAGCUCUUGCAGAGACAGCAGCAGCCCUUCCUUAGUGCUCUCCAGUUAUCCAAGCAACAGAUACAGUAUGAGCAAGGUUGAUGUCUCCCCAGUGACAGAAACGGAACUGAUGUUGAACAGGGGUGUUGUGGGUCUUGAGGAGUCAAGUGAAGCCGUGGUCCAGGAGAAAGAAGAAGAUGAAACCUUCAGCAGCCAGGAGAUGGCUGUCUUUGCUGAGGAGAAGGAUUAUCACUCUUCUGAUGACUUUUCCUUGGUCUUGUUUGAAGAGUAGCCUUUCAGAAAGGGGUGUGUCCUGACCUCAAGUGUAAAGGGUGGAUAAUUUAUUCAUCUAGAUAAGCCUUUGCCACCCAGCCUGGUGCCUUCUAGGUGUUGUGGACUACAACUCCCAUCAGCCCCAGACAGAAUAUCUGGAGGGCACCAGGUUGGGGAUGGCUGCUAGAUCUUACGAAAGAUAGUCGUGAGUUUGAGAGCACUGAUGGAAAGUAGACAACGAAGCAUAGCAGAGGAUGUGGGGAAAAGGUUCUUGCAGCUUGAGUUUAAUCCAUCUUGAGUUUAAUCCACCUAGGAAGUUUGUGACAGCUUGUUUUUAAACAGGGCUGUGAAAAUUCCCCUUUCCCGUUCCUUGGUUAAACAGGCAACUGGAAUCACAGCUAUAAACAAGACAAGGAAUGUAAAUUCACCCUUUAAUAAAUCUGAUUGACUCGUUUAGAACUUAGUGCAAAAGAGAAACCAGGUGAAAUGGCAAUCAAAAUUUAGUUGUUGUUUCCCACCCAUUUGGAAGUUUACAUCUUGUCUGUGUCUGUGUUUAAAGAUGUACAACUUUUUUCCUAAUUGUUUUUAAUUACAAUUCAGCAAAGCUCUAUUAAAAUCUGGUUUUGGAUCUAACCGAGUGUCCUCCUGUUUUACCGAUAUCAUAAAUGCUAGAAGCAUGGUUGCACACUUGUACGGAGUGGAAUUUGCUGCCAAGGAGUGUGGUGGAGUCUCCUCCUUUGGAGGUCUUUAAACAGAGGCUUGACAGCCAUAUGUCACGAAUGCUUUGAUGGUGUUUCCUGCUUGGCAGGGGGUUGGACUGGAUGGCCCUUGUGGUCUCUUCCAACUCUGAUUCUAUG